CGUUCUUCUUGUAUCGUGUCGAUUUCAAAUUUGCAAAUUUCACGCCAAUAUUCAUUCUUACGAAUUUUCAGAAUAUAUCACAGAUGUCGCCCCAAUGGCGUUUUAUUUAUUGCAAAAAAAAAAAUGUCAGAAAUUUUCAUGGAUAAUAUACAAGUUAUAAAAAUAUUUAUAAAUAUAAGUAUUCUUACUUUUUCAUUUCGAAGAUAUAAUAUUUGACACACGUGGAAUGAAUAAAUAAAAUGAAAAUUUAGGACGAAGAUUCUAGAGGAUCCGGCUAUGAUACGUGGCCAUUGCUAGAAGAUCCGCACGAAGAAGGAGAAGGAAGAAGAAUGGAAAGGAGAAUCUCGGUCAGUGGGCCUUUUCUCAUAUCGUGAUGGUGUGGGGCCUCGUUCGUGGCUUGGGACCACCUAGGAAUUUCUUGCAAAAGUCGAUGGCGUUCUCGAGGUAUCCGAAGAACGAUCGUCGAGAAGAGCGUUGAAAUUUUAUAAGGGGGUCAUCAUACGAGGCCAGCUCCGGUCUGGUUGAACGCAUCGAGCCAGGACAGUCUUCGGUCGUCGUCCGAUCUGGACUGAGCGGCGAUACGUAAGAGUUCGAAUAUCUCUCUCUCUUUAAUAUCCGAUGUGUAACGAAUGUGACACGAACGGUUUCAUGAAAUUGUGAUAGAUUUUUUUUUCUUCCUCUUUCAACUUUUUACAAGUGCGAUAAAUAAAUAAAUCAAUAAAUAAUCGGAACUGUGCAAUAAAGAAGAAGCUACGAUACCAUCGUAUCAUUCUAUUCGAAUAAAUUAUUCUCAAGAUAUAGCGGUUGGUCAAAACACCACUUGAUGCGUUGAGGAUGCAACGUGAUCUUUGCAACGGUGGGCUUGCAUGCGCCGUUGUGUGGGUGUCAUCGACCUGCCUUCUUCUUCUUCUCUCAUUGUCAUCCUCGGUUGGAGCUGAGUCAUCUCUUAAAGCCACAGGUCGAUGUCCAUCGUUCGAAGAGCAAAACGUCUGCCCAUCGAGGUCACCAACCUGUAAGGUAGAUUCCGAAUGUCAAUUAUCCGAAGAACGUUGCUGCAAAACAGCCUGCGGAUUAAGAUGCGUCGGUAGCGAGCUAUCAGGAUGCGAGCAGUUGGCUUUGGCGGCUGUUAAGAGAUUCCGUGCGCUCGACAGAUGGACUGUAGUACCGCAAUAUAUACCAAAAUGUAAUAACAAAACAGGAGAUUUCGAGAGGGUACAGUGUGAUCCCGAAAAAAAACGUUGUUGGUGCGUCGACGAGAAGAUUGGUAGUGAAAUUCCUGGAACGAAAGGAUCUAACAUCGAUAAUAUCGAUUGUAACAAUCCUCGACCAUGUCCAGCACAUUCUUGUCGAAUGUUUUGCCCACUUGGAUUCGAAAUCGAUGCGAACAGUGGAUGUCCCAAGUGUGAAUGCAGAGAUCCAUGUCGUGGUAUAACUUGUCCAGGUCCGGGUCAGAUAUGCGAAUUAAUCGAUGUACCCUGUGCACGUCCUCCAUGUCCACCCGUGCCAAGCUGUCGUAAAGCAAAAUCUCUCUUCAAUGUAUGCCCGGCAGGUGAACCUUUGCAAAUCACAGAUUCGUUGAGGCCAUUUUUAUGCGGUAAUACAGCAGGAAAACCAAGUUGUCCGCCGAUGUAUAGAUGUCUGGUAGAUCCGAGACAAGAAUAUGGAGUUUGUUGUCCCUCAAAUUUCAAUUUAACAAGAGCUGGUACUUGCCCAAACGAGGAACCAACGAUUUGUGGUAGAACGUGUCAACACGAUUUGGAAUGUCCACCGCCACAGAAAUGUUGUCAAAGUGAACAUUGCGGUGGUAGUUGUUUUAUCCCAGAAGAUCUUAGCGUAUGUCGCCAUGAUCGUAUGUUAGCGGAAAUGUUAAGUAUUUCAGAAAAACAAGGCCGAGGUUACAUACCGCAAUGUACGGAAGAAGGAGAAUUUCAAACUAAGCAGUGUUCGAGGAACGGUCUGGUAUGUUGGUGCGUCGAUGAUGAUGGUCGAAAGAUAUCUGGUUCAAUGGGACCAGCUGAUAAAGUAAAUUGCACAUCGAUUGCCAAGGCAAGAUCUCUCUCGACAUCUUGCAUUCAACAACAAUGCGCUCAAGUUUGUCAAUAUGGAUUUAAAACCGAUUCUUCCGGCUGUUCUACAUGCGAAUGUGAUAAUCCUUGCGAGGGUUUUCCAUGCCCACCUGAAGAAGAGUGUGUUCUCAAACAAGAAACGAAUUGUCCCGAUUUUCUUUGUCCUACCAAGCCAGAAUGUAAAGCCAAAAGAACUUACAAAAGUCCUUGCAUUUUUGGCACACCUUUGAGUGACGAAGAAGGUAAUGCGAUCACGUGUUCUAACAAUCAGACCUGUCCAUAUAAUUACGCAUGUACGGUGGUACCAGAAGCUGGACAAUCGGUCUGUUGCGCUAUACCAUCGACUGUAAUAAAAAAAUUAUCAAUGUGUGAAUAUCUACGAGACUUUGGUGAACGAAUGGAAGGUACAAGAGAAGGUAUGUCCUUGGCUGUUCCUCCACCGCAAUGCGAGGAAAAUGGUAGUUACAAGCUCUUGCAAUGUCAUAAUGGUACCUGUGCUUGCGUGAAUCAACAUGGAGUUAUUCUGCGUGGCGACGUGAGCCCUGGGACCGAUUGUAAAAGUCUUAAGAAUCCUUGGCAAGUUUGUACUCCGAUAUCGUGCGAUUUGGUUUGUCCUUACGGUUACGACAUAGAUACGAAUGGUUGCGAGCAAUGUAAUUGCCACGAUCCUUGUAAGGAUGUGUCUUGUGGCUUACGGGAAGUUUGCACAAUGGUGGACGUAAAUUGUGGCACGGGAGAAUAUUGUCCACCUGUUCCUGCGUGUCUCACAACGAAACCAGGACAAUGUCCUUACUUGGUACCAAGUUCGUCGAGCUGUGAAUUACAAUGUAGUAACGAUCAAGAGUGUUCGAGUUCGGAUAAAUGUUGUUCAACAGGUUGUGGUACGCAAUGCGUAGCACCUGUCAUGGCCACCGCUUGUCAACAUGCACAGGCUGUAGCCGAACACGCAGCUAGAGAGUCUGGUGAACCAGCAAGAAGAAUUUAUAUACCUAGAUGUGACGUCAAUGGUGCAUUCGAGGCAGUCCAAUGUCACAACGGUAUGUGCUGGUGCGUCGACGUGGAAGGAAGGGAAGCUGCGGGUACCCGCGUUCUCGAGGGUAUCAUACCGAGAUGUAACAAGCCUCAAAGAUGUCCAGAAAUCGAUUGUAAGCUCGAUUGUCGAUCGGAAGGUUUUGAAUUGGAUCUCGAUACUGGUUGUCCUACGUGUUCCUGUAGAGAUCCUUGUAAAAGAGUAACUUGUCGUGGUGAGAAUGAAGCUUGUAGAAUGGUCGAGGUGGCUUGUAGCAUACCACCUUGUCCACCUGUACCAGUUUGUCUACCGAAGAAGGAUAAUCCAUGUCCAAAUGGAACGCCGCUUCUAGAUCGAAACAGAUUACCUGCUACUUGUGGUCCUCACGGUCAUCAAUGUCCAUCUACACACAAAUGCGAGUUAUCGCCAUUAGAUGAAUACGCUGUUUGUUGUCCGAAGCCACGCGAGGUUUGUUUUGAACCUUUACGAACAGUACCAUGUAAUACGACGACGAUGUUCAAUAAAACAGAUAGAUGGUACUUCGAUCCAGAGAAAAACGAAUGCAGAAUAAAAACCGAAUGUACACAUGGCCAUAACGAUUUCUCAAAUCGUUUGACAUGCGACACCGUUUGUCCUGUCUUGUCUCAAUGCGAAAGACUCCGAGAGAAAAAUUUGAAAACGUCGCAGAGAUUGAAACAAUCGACUUUCCUACCUAGAUGCAAUCAAGAUACUGGUAUGUGGGAACCCGUUCAAUGUUUAGAACACGUCGGUGUUUGUUGGUGUGUUAAUAGGAAAGGACAACCUAUGAAGGGAUCACUUAUCAGAGGACUCGAACCAAAGUGUAACUUUAGACAAGCUAGACGAGGUGGUAGAGGUCCUGCGAAUCAAGAAAUAGAUUAUAAGAUUCAGGCCUUCAUGGAAGGUACUUUGUUGGAAUUAUUAGAGGCUGACGAGAAGCAAAUGAGAAAGAUCAUCGUUACCAGAUGCCAAGCAAUGAGAGACAGAGGUCAUGUAUCGGCGAUAUGCGAUCGUCAAGGUAAAUUUGAACCUACCCAAUGCGCUGGUGAUACAUGCUGGUGCGUCGACGAAGCUGGCAAUCAACUGGUUGGUUCAGAACCAUUUUUCAAAGGAACUAACAUAUGCUUACCAACUCCAAUCGAGGCCGUAGAAGUGAUUCUACGUUUUCCAGGAAGAUUUUCAAUAACAGACAAGGUUCGUUUUAAAGAGGAAGCAAAAAAAUUUUUGUACGAGCUCGGUGCAAGGAUCAAAGACGAUAUUGAAGUCGAUCUCGAACGUGAUUCGGCCUUUUUGAAAUUCGAUAUAAUCGGUACGAACAAGGUCGACAUAGCUUUUCAUUUGGAAGAAAUGACAAGGAUGCAGAAGCUAUUGAUGCUUGGGUCAUUGGCCGAUGAAACGACCUCACGAUUCACGCAUAAAUCUAUGCCAGUGGCUGUUGAAAACAGGAUCGUCGCGUUAGAGCAACGGGAGAUUCUAACGGAAGUUGAAGCACCUGUUUAUCAAACAGCCACUUUGGUUUUAGGAGCGGCCAGCGCCUUUGUUAUCAGCAGCUUGAUAAUUCUGCUAAUGUUGUAUCGAAAGAAGAUGAAGAUGAAGGAUCCAAGAAAAACUUUGCCAAUGGAUCAGCAUUUCCUUGCCUAUAAUCAGCAACCGGUUUACGUAAUAUCCGGUUUGGAAAAAGAUGAAAAGGAUGUAGGACAAGCAUCGGAAAAUGUUAAUCUCUCUGAAACAACUGAUAACAAUGCAUGAAUGAUUUCAUUGAGAAAAUAUGAUUAUAUAUAAUCGUUUUUCAAUCAUUCGUGCCUCAAAAUAGGAUUUAAAUAUCAUCGUUCAUAUUAAUGAAGUCAUAGCUGUUUCCUCGUUUCAUCAUAAUUCAUAAAAUAUUUAUUCAAUAUAUAUAUGUAAUAACAAAAUAGCGAUUUGUACAAUCGCCGAUCGAUCAAAUUCAGAAAGGAAAUUCUUUAAUAAAAGAAUGUUUGUUGGGGUUGAGCCAAACCAAUUUGAUAAUUUUAAAAAUCGAUUACUCUUUCGCGAAAUAAUUUUUUUUUUUUUUUUGGCUUAUAAUUAAGCUUUUGGUUUUACAAGUUAGACAUUAUUAUUUUACAAACUGAAAAAACAAAAAACGAAGAGAAAAAAGAAUUAGCUUGUAAAGUUUCGAAACAUAGCAAUCGAUUUUUAAAAAAAUCAUUUAAAAACUUUGGACCUAUCUCGUGUUUUACAAACAUUUUAAUCGAAAUUAAAUACAUAUCACAAUGAAUUUGAUCGAUCGUUCGGUACGGAAAGAGAGUCGAGUAUUUCUUUUCGUCUCUAUCAUCUUCCUUUCAAAGUGAUCAAUGAAAAGAUGUUACUAUCAUUUAGAUGGUUCAACGAUAUCGUUGCAUUGAUACACUAAUGUAAAUAUUAGAUCCGUACUUUUACCCCUUCGAUUAUUUAUCAAUAAAAAUCGCGAUUUACUUA